GGUCGCGCUGGGCCGGGCCCGCCGCGGUGGUGCCGCAGCGCGGGAGUUUGGGGGCCGCCCUCGCGCCCGCGCCUCCCCGCGCCGCCUGGUCGCUGGCGAAGCCCACGGCGCGCGCUCUCCGGGACCCUGCAGGGUAAAAGAAUGUCACAUGUCAACAUUUGUACCUGAAGUCAACAUGCCAUUUUCAGGCUGCAUGGAUGAGUGCCAACUUUUGCAUAUCCUGUGACCUUUCUAUCUGGGGAACAUCCUUCAGAGAGUUUAUGCAUCUUAUGGAAGAUACCUGACCUUUUGAAGCUUCAUAAUUCACAUCUGCAUGCCACCAGUCUUCCCCAUGUUAACAGUUCUGACCAUGUUUUAUUAUCUAUGCCUGCGGCGCCGAGCCAGGACAGCUGCGAGGGGAGAAAUGAUGAACAGCCAUAGAGCCAUAGAAUCAAACAGCCGGACUUCCCCUCUGAAUGCAGAGGUGGUCCAGUAUGCCAAAGAAGUGGUGGAUUUCAGUUCCCAUUAUGGAAGUGAGAAUAGUAUGUCCUAUACCAUGCGGAAUUUGGCAGGUGUCCCAAAUGUAUUCCCAAGUUCUGGUGACUUCACUCAGACAGCUGUGUUUCGAACUUAUGGAACAUGGUGGGAUCAGUGUCCCAGUGCUUCCUUGCCAUUCAAGAAGACGCCGCCUAAUUUUCAGAGCCAAGACUAUGUGGAACUUACUUUUGAACAACAGGUGUAUCCUACAGCUGUUCAUGUUCUGGAAACCUAUCAUCCUGGAGCGGUCAUUAGAAUCCUAGCUUGCUCUGCGAAUCCCUAUUCCCCAAGUCCACCGGCUGAAGUAAGGGAAGUUUCUUUCUUUAGCAGAUGGGAGAUUCUUUGGUCAGAGAGACCUACGAAGGUGAAUGCUUCCCAGGCUCGCCAGUUUAAACCUUGUAUUAAGCAGAUAAAUUUUCCCACAAAUCUUAUACGGCUGGAAGUAAAUAGUUCUCUUCUGGAUUAUUACACUGAAUUAGAUGCAGUUGUAUUGCAUGGUAUGAAGGACAAGCCAGUACUUUCUCUCAAGACUUCACUUAUUGACAUGAAUGAUCUAGAAGAAGAUGACUAUGAAGAAAACAAUGAUUGUGGAAUGGACAAUCUUAACAAAAAGCUUAGCAGCACUGCCCUCAGGGAAGGGCCAAAUAAUGGAUAUUUUGACAAACUACCUUAUGAGCUCAUUCAACUGAUUCUGAAUCAUCUUACACUACCAGACCUCUGCAGAUUAGCACAGACUUGCAAACUGCUGAACCAGCAUUGCUACGAUCCUCUCCAGUACAUCCAUCUCAAUCUGCAGCCUUACUGGGCAAAACUCAACGACACCUCCCUGGAGUUUCUGCAGGCUCGCUGCACUCUCGUCCAGUGGCUUAACUUAUCUUGGACUGGCAAUAGGGGCUUCAUCUCUGUUGCAGGAUUCAGCAGGUUUCUCAAGGUUUGUGGAUCUGAAUUGGUGCGCCUUGAAUUAUCUUGCAGCCACUUCCUAAAUGAAACUUGCUUGGAGAUCAUUUCUGAGAUGUGUCCACAUCUACAGGAGUUAAAUCUCUCAUCCUGUGAUAAGCUACCACCUCAAGCUUUCAACCAUAUUGCCAAAUUAUGUGGCCUUAAACGACUUGUUCUCUAUCGAACAAAAGUAGAGCAAACAGCACUGCUCAGCAUUUUGAACUUCUGCUCAGAGCUUCAACACCUCAGUUUGGGUAGUUGUGUAAUGAUUGAAGACUAUGAUGUGAUCGCCAGCAUGAUAGGGGCCAAGUGUAAAAAACUGCGCACCCUGGAUCUAUGGCGUUGCAAGAACAUUACUGAGAAUGGGAUAGCGGAGCUGGCAUCUGGGUGUCCGCUCCUGGAGGAACUUGACCUCGGUUGGUGUCCUACUCUGCAGAGCAGCACUGGGUGCUUUGCCAAACUGGCACGACAGCUCCCAAACUUGCAAAAACUCUUUCUUACGGCCAACAGGUCUGUGUGUGACACAGACAUUGAGGAACUGGCAUGUAAUUGUACCAGAUUACGGCAACUGGACAUACUAGGAACAAGAAUGGUAAGUCCAGUGUCCUUAAGAAAACUCCUGGAAUCAUGCAAAGAUCUUUCCCUACUUGAUGUGUCCUUCUGCUCUCAGAUUGACAAUAGAGCUGUGCUCGAGUUCAAUGGGAGCUUUCCAAACGUGUUCAUAAAAAAGAGCUUUACUCAGUGACUUAAUGUAUGUUCUAUAAUAAAAUCAGUGUGCUUUUGUGGGGUUAUAUGAUAGAAUUGAUUUUGUUUUGUUGUGUUGUGUGGUUUUUAUAAUGGUGGAAAUGUCUUAACCUAUUAAGACAUUUGUAGUUUUAAAGAAAAAUAUGAAAUAUUAUGAAAUAUAGAUAGGUAUUGCCAAAUACAUAUGUUAAUUCAUGAGAAGAAUAUGAUUCUCAUUUAGUAUAUUUAUCACUUGGAAGGCAUUGAUAGAAUUCUAUUACAUUCCUUCUCCUGAUAAUUUUCUUUUAGCAUGUUAUUACAUUGCAGAUUAAUCACUCCCAAUUGAAGGUUAGGUUGGGGCUCCUUGAUUGCACAACUAAAUGGUUAUGGGAAAUGGAAAUUUCCUUUGUACUUGCAUCAGAGUCCAAAAAAUCCACUUGGACCUAUAGUUUGAGCUUAGAAAACCUGAUGCAGAUUUAUGUGAAAACAGAGAGCUCGCUUAUUGUCUUACGUUUUGAUAGCACAGGAAGUAUAUAAAGCAGCUUGAUGUUACUUCAUAAUUCAAACAAUGUAGUUGUCAUCAGAAUUACAUAAGUAUGUUUCAUAUAUAAACACUGUUUAGCUCUACUCCCAGAACUUUCAAUUCAGUAGAAUUUGUGAUUCUAAUAAGUAGUCAGUCAGGUGCGGUUGCUGGUGGUGGUGGUCUGAGGGCUCCCUUUUGAGAAUCGCGGCUCUAGAACUUUCCUUGAGUCUGGAGGCUUUCCCUGAAUCCCAGUGAACCCCACAUACAGUGGGGAUAACUGUUCUCAUUAUGCUGAACUGGUUAAAUUUUGGGUUGAAUUAAUAAAAAAGCAUUGUCAAGUCUGCGACAAAAGCUAAAUUCCGAAGCCCUUUAGUUUUCAGAUAGUGGUUGAGGGUAUUUCUUCUCCUUCAGAAAAAUUUCAAUAUCAGCUCUGAGCUCAAAAACAAUAAAACUACCACUGCUAAGCCAGCAAAUUGCUGGGUGACAGUACUAGUUGAAUAACACAAGAUUGAGUCAAAUAUAUUCCACAAAGUACCUGCUGAUAGAUAAAUAAUACAUAAAUAGCCAUGAAUUUGAACACUUUAUUUUUAUAAGCUUUGUAAAUUUGACCAACUAAGUCUUCUUUUUGCUCCAAACAUAUUUUUACCAUCACCAGUUCUAACACAUCUUAGCAAAUUCUACUUCAGAUUGUCCUGAAACCAUGUUUUCUUAACUUCUUAGAAAAUAUUCUUGCCUUUAAUUGUUCCACACAUAGUACUCAUGGACACUAACUCUUCAGACACUUCAACCUUGGCAUUGACUUAUCAAAUAAACAACAAUCACUAGGUAGUAUCAGUAACAUCUUUGAUUCAUCAAGAACCAUGGGAAACCACUCAGAAUCAUUUGAUUUGCCUUGUUUGUUUUUAUUGAUUACAUUGAUGUUCCCAGUGUUCUCAAUUCUUUCAAGCAACUGUUCUUGACAAACAGCUAAUAGUCUUAAGCAAGUUUAUUUUGGAUACAUCUCUUCAACUGAUGAAUCAAAAAUAAUGUAAUGAACUUACCAUUGGUGAAAAGGCUUUCUUUGCUUGGCUAACAGAUGAGCCACUCCGAAACUUACUUUACAGCUUUAUUUUCAUUUUUGUAAAUAAAUUCUGCUGUGAUGAGA